AUUUUGACAUUCAGUUCCCUUUUGGAUGAGACACUGCAGAGAGUAGUUGGUUUUUAGAUUGCUGUUGUAUUGCUAUGAGAUUUCUAUGGAUAUUUAACUGCUGUAAAGCACAGCAGGAGGAUGACGAUGCAGAACAACCAUGGUUCAUUGCCAGGGAGUUUGAAACGGUAGUUUGGUAUGGGUUUGACUCUGAAUGGGAAUCCAUACAAGAACGAAAGCAGAGGCUGAAAAAAUACAGCCUGGAAGAUCUUAAGAGACAACUAGAGCUGUUUGGUAUCACUAUAGUUGAAGUAAAAGGGCAAAAGAAGAGUGAGAAGAAGAUGAAGAGAGAGUACAGGAAACUUCUCAUGCGAAGGAUGAAAAUGGUGGAGACUGAGAGGGCCAGAAGGUCAGUUCAAGUCAGGAGGGGAAUGGAGCCAGAACAGAAGAUGGAUUUGGUGCAGAGGGGAGAGAAUGGCUUAGACCAGGAGAGUGAAAACACACAAGACGAAAAGCAGAGCUUGGAGACAUCUGCAGAGCUGAUUCCUGAACGGCAGGGUCUGAGGAAGGAGGCCCAGAUAUUAACAAUGGAUGAACCAAACAAUCGUAUGGAAGAGGAGUUUAUGAACAACAUUAAGGAGGAAGAGACACAAGAGGAGAUGAAGACUGAGGAAAUAAAGACAGACACAGAAGAGAAAAGAAGAGAGGAUCAGGAGAGGGAAGACAACAAGGAGGACAUAAAGAAUGAUGAAGUUGGAAAGGUGAAUGAAAAAGACUUCACAGAUGCACAAGAGGAGGGAUGGAAACAGGAACUAGACUUGAAGACCAAGACCCAUGGAGAGAAGGAGGAAGAGGUGGAAAUAGACUUCAACAAGAUCAAAGAAGAGGAUGAUAUCCUGAAGGAGGGAAAGUGUGAGAAAACUGUUACAGAGGAAGGUGUGGUGACAGUUGAGGAGAGCAAGAAAAAGCAGGAAAACACAGAUGAUGCUGUGGCCUCUGGAACGAUGGCAACAGUCUCCUUGGAGUUGAUGCAGAAUGAGGAUCAUGAGGAGAAACAAGAAGAGGCUGCAGUAAAGGAGGAGAGAAUAAACAAAGAUGGGAAAGAAAAUCAGGAGGAGAACAGGGAGAACAAGGUGGAGAAAGAAAGAUACACUGAAAUAAAAGAAGAAAAAGAACUGCAUGAUAAACUGGAGGAGGAGGAGAAGAAGGAAGAAGUUAACAUAAAGGAAAAAGAGGGGCAAGAGGAGGUGACAGAAUAUGUGGUAGAGAUUAAAGAGGAGAAAAAGGAGGAGGAUACAGACAAGGCCACGGCUUUGGUGAAAACCAAAACAGUCUCCAAUGAUGUGACCCAGAGUGAGGAAGAUCAAGAGGAGGAGCUAGAUGUGGUGGUGGAGGAGAAGGAGACGGUGAAAGGAGAUGGUACAGAGGAGAAGAAGGAGGAGAAAGAAAAGGAGGAGGGAAAGGAGCUGGAGGAUAGAGAGGAGAAGGAGGAAAAGGAGAAGAGGUUCCAGGAGGUGCAAGAACAGGUGAAGGACUGUGUGGUGGAGGUAGAGGAGGAGGUUGAGGAAAAUGCAGAUGAUGGGACUCCACAGAAAGAUGAGACUACACACUCUUUGGAUCUGAUGCAAAAUGAGGAUCAGGAGGACAAGAAAGAGAGGAUAGAGAGGAAGGAGAAGUUAAAAAGAGAAUGGAAAGAAGAGAGGGAGGAGGGAGAGAAUGAGAUGGAGGAAGAGAAAGAGACUGAAGAAGUGGUAAAGAAAGUGAUGGAGGAGCAGGAGGAGAGGAAAGAAUGUGUGGUGGAGGUAGAGGACGAGAAAAAGGAGGAAGAUGCAGACGAGACUGUAGCUUUGGUGAGAUCACUGAUAGACUCCCAUGAUUUGAGGCAGAAUAUAGAGGAUCCAGAGGAGACGCUAGAUGUGGUGGUAGUGGAGAGGGAGAGGAUGGAAGAAGAUGGCACAGAGGAGAGGAAGGAGGAUGAAAGACAGAAUGAGACGGAGGAGAGAAAAGGGGUUGAGAUGAAAGAAGUAGGGGAGAGAAAGGAAAUGGAGGACAAAGAGAAGGAGGAGGAGAAGGAGGAACUGGACAUGAAGGAGGAGCAAGUGAAGGUGAAGGAGUGUGUGGUGGAAGUAGAAGAGGAGAAGGAGGUGCAAAAUGCACAUAAUGAGACUGUGGACAUGGAGAGCACAUUGGAUUUGACACAGAAUGGGAAUCAAGAGAAGAGGAAGGAGAACGUUGGGGCAGAGAAGGAGAUGAUGAACAAAGAUGAGAAAAAAGAGAGGAAAGAGGAGGAUGAUAAAGAGGUAGUGAUUAAAGAAAAGGGUGAGGAGCUGGAGGAGGUGCAGGAGGAGAAGAAAGCAGAGGCCAUGAAGGUGAAGGAUGAGCAGGAGGAGGUGAAGGAGUGUAUGGUGGAGAAGGAACAGAAGAAGGAGGUGGAUGCAACUGAUGGAACUGUAGCCAUGGAGAUAAGACCAGAGGUUUCCCAGAAGAGAAACGCCACCCUAAAUGAAAACAGAAAGGUAAAGAAGAGAAUGCGAGGGUGUAGAGGCGGGAAGUCAAAAAACAAACACAAUCAACUGGAAGUGUACAAACAUACAUACAGAUCUUCAGGACAUACAGUGGAGGAUGGAGAGGAGCUGAUGGACAACAAAGGAAAGAAGGAAGAGGAGAAAAAGAAAGCAGAGAAGGGGGACAUGAAGGUGCAGAAGGAGCAAGAGGAAGUGAAGGAGUGUGUGGUGGAGGAGAAAGAGAAGGAAGAUACAGAUGAUGGGGCUGUGGCCAUGGAGACGACACUGAAGGUCUCGCUGGAGAGCAACACCACCAUCAAUCAAGAGCAAGAGGUGAAGAAAAGAAUGCGAGGCUGUAGAGGCGGCAAAUCCAAAAACAAACACAAUAAACUCCAAGUGUCCAAGUGUGACAUGACUGAGGAAAACAGACAGAAGCAGGACAUGAGAUAUGGACACCAACAUGAGUCCCAACACAGAAGAGGAGAAAGGCAUAAUAAAAGACAGGGGGUGAGAGACUGCUGGAGAGGUUCAAAUGGAUGCCAGACAGCUCCAGUGGGAUGCUGGGGAGAUGCAAAGAGAUGCUGGAGAGGUCCAAAGGGACCUUGGGGAGGUCCAAAGGCACAUGAGGAAGAGAAGGAGAAGCAGGACAUGAGAGUGAAGGAGGAGCAAGAGGAGGUGAAACAGUGUGUGGAGGAGAGAGAAGAAAAGGAGGAGGAAGAAGUACACAAUGGCACUGUGACCAUGGCAACUACAUUGAAAGUCCAUUUGGUCAAAGAUAACAACACCACCACAAAUAAAGAUCAAGAGCUGAAGAAAAGAAUGCGGGGGUGUAGAGGCGGAAAAUCGAAAAACAAACGAAAGAAACAGGAAGUGUACAAUGAGACGACUGAGGAAAACAGACUGACGCAGGACACGAAAGCUGGACACUAACGUGAGUUUGAGCACCAACACAGGGGAGUGGAAAGACAAAA